UAUAUAGAUCUAGUUUUUAGCCACAAACGGAAUUAUCUUGUGAUUAAUUAUUUAUUAAUAGAGUGUAAAAUACAAGUGAACAGAGAUCAGAGUUCUCCAAGGGGUUGCCAAGCAGGUAAAUUAGCAACAAUUACAUCUCCCAAAAAACAGCAACUUCUCCCAUUUUAUGGGAAGAAGGUGAAAUUGUACAACUAUUGCAAUAGACUAAAAAAUAAAAUAGAAAAAGUGGCGCCGUUUAAGUUUCGAUUCCACAAAAUGUCGAAGUCGGAGACUUCGUCGAGAAGUAGCUCUGCAGAUUUGCCUGAAGAAGACGCCGAUAACGAGAGCAGUCAAGACAACGACGCUAUAGCCGAAGAAUGUGAAAAUGGAGAUAGUUUUCCUUCCAGUCCGCCACCACCCUACGAAAGAGUUUUAGAUGAGGAAAGUAGUGUGGAUAAACCUCACUAUACCCAAGAGGAGGUGACGACGCCAGAAGCGGGCCCUAAGAUUUUUCACAAAUCAUCUAAAGAAUUAUACAAAGCUGUAGCUAAACAAUUUGGCAUUACCUGUAAAAUGUCCGACCAAUGUAGAUGUUUAGAUUGUCAAAGUCAUUAUUUCGACUGUGAAUACGAACAGAACGAGAAUAACAAAUCAGACGGAGGCUUGGGUGCCGGAUCUCCGAUGUUCAUUUCGGAAGUGAUGCACGGGACCGCAUGCGUUUUACUUUAAGCCAUCAUCAAUCACCACGGGAGAAAGAACUGACGCUAAUCAAGAAUUUACUAGUUAGAUACUUUGCAAAAGGGUAUAGUAAGCUUAAAUAAGUACUACUCAUACUUGAAACAAUUUUAAAAUAAAAAAAUGACUGAAUAUUAUAUUACCUAUGAACAUCAUGGCUCUAAAAUGUAUAACUAUGAGAGGACCUAACGUACAUUCAUUCACACAUAUACAUGAAUUCAUGCAUAGAUACAUUAUAUACCAGGUACUUGUAAGGCGAUUUUAUAUUACGUAUGUGUAUAGAUAUGAUGUCGAAAUUAAGAAGAACAAUGCGCUAUUUUCAUUAGACUCAACAGGUGUGAUUUUUGGUUAUUUUGAACUGUUGAAGUUCAAAUUGGGCAGAGGUGAAAGAAUAAGACGCUAUAAGCAAAUGUGGAUUCAAUCGAUGGCCCAUGGUGAUGUCUAGAAUAUUUUGAAAAUCGAUGCGUACAAUUUUGUAGAAAAGAUUAUCUCUCUACAGCAUUUUGCGUAUGUACAAAGUGUGACUUUAACCAUUUGGAUGACCGCAAUCCCACCAAUAUUAUUUGAUCAGACUUUCAGAGUAGAUUUCUAUUAAAUUAAGGUCAAUUUCGGCUAGAAGAAUUUACGUACCAACAACUAAGAAGCAUCAAACUUUUUGAUCAUAAAAUAGUCUGCCAAAAUUUCAUUAAUUAAAAAUAUCGAAAUGUACGAAAAUGAAGAUGACUUACCACAAAAUCUGCAGAAUCCCACUAAAUGAGACAUCCCAACUGAGUUCGUACUUUAGCCAAAACAUGAAUCGACCUUGAAGGUUCUGUUAAAAACCGGUAGUGGGACUGUGGCAAUUUAGAUAAUCAAAAGUCACACAUCCACGAUUCAAAGAAAUGCUAUAGAAAAAUGAUCUCUUCGAACAUUACACAACAUUGUAUGCAUUGAUUUUUAAAACAUUCUAACACAUCUAGUACAAAACCAUGGACCAACUUGGGAACACUUGGAACCAUGUUUUUUUGGUCAGUUCAAGGCGAAAAAUUACUUUUUAACUGUCUUCAUCGUGAGACAGUUAUGCAUGACGAAGAAGCAAUCAGUUUCUGGUUUUAGUACUUUUUACAUUUAUCUAGGGGAUGGAUACUUAACACAUUGUUAUUGAGAAAAUGUUCUUUGAAGGGUAAAAAUUAAAUAUACAACUUUUAUAACAGUUUUAAAAGUUUUGUAAAUGAACGAAAACAUAAGGAGAAUGCCCCUUUUUGGCACAUUUCUUUAUUUUUAGGGAAGAUUAGGUACUUUGGGGAAAUUUUUUAGUAGAGUGCAGGGGCGUAGUUAACUUUCUGAUUUAUUCCUUUAUUGGAGAUUACAGACUCAAAUGUCUUACCGGGAAUACUUUUAAUCUCCAUAAGGAGGUACUUAAAAGUAUAAACAAAACUGCGCUGGUAGUUACCAAUAUUGUGUGUAAGUUCAGUUUAAAUUAGAACAGAGACGAACCUUGCAUUUUAUGUGAACCUUAAAAGUACCUACUAUAUCCUGCAGCUACGCCACUGGUUUAUGUGAUUCGUCCAUUUCCAAAUCGUGCGAUAUGCAAGGAUCAAGGAGAUUCAAUAACAUUUUAUUAAUUGUUAUGCCAUCCUCCAACUCAGUCCAAAAUAAACUCAUACCAAAGUUUUCCGAUUUCUUAAUAAUAAAUGUUUGCAGUUGACAAAAUUAAAAAGAAUGUUUUUUAUGAUAGUUACUUUGAAUAAAGUUUUAAAACUGGUUGCUAAAGACAAAGUGCAUAAUGUCAUGAUGGUUUUCUUGUAGUAACAGUAACAAUUAUAAUUGUCAAUUGGUGUUCUUAAAAUAGGAUUUUUAUAAGUAUCAUAAUUAGGUGAUUGAUUAAAAAUGGCGUUAUGAAUUUAACAGUGCUUUCGUAAAGAUCUCAUACGACAAUUCGUCACUAAAGAAGGAAAAGUCAUAAAAUUGUAGCUAAAAUUUAAUAGUGUUGAUUGUUGCUAUCAAUGUGGUUAAUUUUUCUUAUGAAAUUUGAGAUAUAAAUUUACCAAAUGUAAAAUUCCUUUAUAAAAAAGACAUCAAAUUUAUUGUUAAAUCUACAUUUAAAUAUUAAUUUAUUUGAGAAAACUGUACAGAGAUUGAUAUCAAUCAAACGCACAAGCGAUCUUUUAGGUUUGAAAAAAAUGGAUUUUUUGAUUUAGAUUUUAAACAGUGAAUCGGUCAUGCACCUACUUAGGUCUGAUUUUGUGAAAUACUUUCUUCUAAUAUUCCUUUUAUGUUGAUUGAACCCAUCGGUGUGCCAACAUAUAGUUUAUGAUCUAUUUAUGUAUACCUACGGAUUACCUAAUAUUAAAUACCCAAAUUGUUUUUUAAGAUAAUGUGAAUGUUAGCUAGUAAGAGUUAAAUGUACAUAAUAUGUACAAUACACUUGCAAGGUAGGUAAGGUAAACUAGGACUAAACUGUAAUGAUUACAGUUGUUUAUAUGUACUGAUAUGAAAAAGUAGACACAUUAAUGAUGUAAUGUACCUACUAAUAUUUCUAAAAGCGCUUGCACUAAUUACAUAGGUAUAUCUUAAGUAUUUCUUUACCUUUCAGUAAGUACUUAUAUUUAUUUUGAAAAUGUGAAUCUAAUUUUGUAAGAAACGCGUAAAUAACGAGACCAAAACGUUUGUACGUACAAUUAAAUUGUAAAUUACUUUUACUUUACUAUUAAUACUUUACUAUUAUUAUUAAAUUACUAUUACUUUUCUUCAAUAAGUACUGCCAUCUAGACGACUUGGGCCUGAAAUUUAGCCGCUUAGAGUAUAAAAUGCAAGAACAAACGAAGAUGAAACCAUUUGUCCACGAAAUGUUCCGUUUUCUUACUUUUAUUACGAUAUAAAGUUGUUAUUUUAUUAUUGUAAAAUCUACAUGCAAACGAAUUUUUAUAAGUAACUCGAGUUCAUAUUAUAUACGUCUGAUUUCUAUUAAAUGUGAAUCCAACAUUUGCGAGAAUCCUGUCAGAGUUUUGUACUGUAACAAGCCCUUUUGUGAUUUAGAAAAUUUUUCAUUUUUUUUUCUUGUUGAUUAUUAGCAUCAGACCAACAAACCGUUUUUAAGGGAAGCGAGAUAUUUUUUAAGUUUCCUUUUCUUUCAUACGGAAAUAGGAAAAUUAAGUUUACGAUUAAGAGCUUAUCAUUCCUUAAAAUGACUACGUGAAGCACCUUUAAAUAUGUGUAUAAAUGAUUGUGUCUAUGUGCGAUUUGUAUAACGGGUGUGCGAUAUUGUCUAUAUUACACAAAAAAUGCACAAAUUAAUGGCCUUCUUAAUCUUUGAAUGAGAUUUCUAAUGUAUAAAGAAAACUUUAUUUUGUAUAAAAAAAUAUUCGCGAAAAAUUGCCAAACAGUUUUGUGACUUAAAAAAACUGAUUAUCGUAAAAAAAAACAGACGACCAAUCAGUUAAAUAUUUCUUGUAUUACAUGCAUAGGUAGCGAGUACUUUUGGAUGGUCUGCCAUUUGAGAUUGAAAACUUAAACUUUAAGGUAUAAUGUUUACUAAACUCCUAAACCUUAGAAGAGACCACAUUUUUUAAAUACAUUAAAAACGUUCAAAAUUUUAUACUUAUUAUGUGACUUGGGCAAAUUAUUAUUUCAAGGGCGUAGAAUAUGCCAAUUUGUGGUUUAGGAAUGUAAUUAACUAAUACACAGACGUAUUAAGUAUUUUUGUUUUCUAAAUGAAUUAGAACAUAUUGGUUAAAAGUCUUACAAUGCUUGUUCGAAUAAUAAUUGCCUAUACUUAACUAUUUGAAAGAGAAAUUGAGCUUUGAGCUUUUUAGUAUACAAAAUAUUGUCGGUCGAGUCCAAUUUCAGAACAAAGUGGCUUUGCCUAGGCUAAACUAAUUUAUCUUAGCCUAGACCAAACUGGUUUGUUUUGGGUCUGUUACCGCCUAAACCCGAUUUCUGAAUAAACUAGCUGUGCCUAAUCUAAAAUAAUUAUUUUUUUAUUAAUUGUUACCGGUCGAACCUGAUUUUAAGAUUAACCAGUUUUGCCUAGGUCAAACUAAUCUGUAUCACUUACUCUCCUAGGCUAAACUAGUCGAAAGUGGAUAUAAAAAAGGAAAGAUCUAUUGUUACUGUACAUUGUUAGAUACUAUAGCUUCCUCGGAUAAUGAUUAAUCUUGAAUCUUGAAGUGAAAUUGUAAUUACGUUAAUAAAAUAGGAAUGAAACUAUCAUAUUAUUAUUUCUUGAAAUGAUUAUGAAUCAAUUUUAAGAAAAGACGGCAGCAACAAUCGAUACUAACGAUCCAUAUAGUUAUCUCUUUAAUUAAAUUUUAAUAGGGUCUUUUAUUAUUCGACCGAGCAUCAAUCUACAUUGAUGUUUAUUAGUUAACAACUAAUCGUAAAAUAUUAUUAUAUUAUUAUUAUCUAUAUUAGUUAUAUAUUUCCAAUGUAUAGGGUGAAAAUUGAUGUUUAUAUUAUUUAAAUGAAAACAACAUUAAAGUUACAAAAAGAAAAACUGGAAAACUUGAGAACUGUUUUGCUUAUUACGAAAACUUAUUGGUUCACAGUUUUCUUUGUUUCUUCUUGGUUAACAUUUCAUGAAAUACCAUGUGGUUAGCAGGCAAUUUCUGCAGAUGGCAAUAUCCUGCACGAUUGAUGUAUGUCCUGCACGCCUGAUGUCCUGACUGUUACUUACCAGAUAUUAACUUUCCUUAUUAUUAUUGUUAUUUUCUUGAACCAGAUGUUGUUAUUGUAUAGUACAAUUUUCAGUACUCCGUGAAUGUUUGGUAGAGGUCGAGAAAUGUGACUGUUUCAGUCCGGGGACGAUUUAAUUAGUAAUAAUAAAUUAGUCCUUGCAACAAGCUUUUUGAAUCGGUUUUUUUUUAAAUCAAAUUGUUUUAAGUGUACUCAAAUCAAGGAGGAUUGCUGGCUGUAAAGGUAUUUCAUUAGUUGAUUUGAUCUGUAUUUAUUUAUUGAUUUGGAUAAGUACAAUCCUUGCUUUAAUAUAUUUUUAUAAGUCUGUAGAAAAUUGAGUUAAAUUAAGUGCUUUGAACCAAAAAAGGCAAAUAAUAGGUAACAAAAGAAUAGGUAACACUACAUAAAUAUGAAAUAAUUUUAUUUAUUUACAACUAUGGUUAUGCUAAACAUUAGGUAUACAUAUUUCCUGAGGUUUUCUUUUAGUUUAGGGAUAUUAAAACAAUGCUUUGUUUGGAGAAUUAUUAAUUUUUCUCUCUAUCAACUAAAUUGAGAAAAUAAUCGCUCUAAAUCUGACAAUUUAAUUUUUGUGCAGCAAUCUCAAAAUUGAGACAAGCCUUACGACUUCUCAUUUAUCAAAAGCCAUAUAGCUUUUUGGAUGGUAUGAGAAAAUAAAUAAAUAAUCAGACACAUUCACGUUGUAGAUACGCACGAAACACAUUAUCUUCCCUUUGCUUUGCGCAACCGGGAAGAAAUUGUAAGUUAGCUGAUUUAUGAAUAGAAAUAUUGUUAUCUAUAUACUUAUUAUAAGUAUAUGUAUAUGUAUGUGAAGCUACUUCAUCACUGACUGGCAGAAAAUUGCAGUACCUACAGAUUAGAUAGAAAUAUAAUACCUACUGCUGUGUAAGAAAUAGUAAACAGUACCUAUUGUAUUAUACUUCGUUUACUUUCUGUAGCGAUGUGAUCUUCAGUUUGACCGGCGCAAAGUAGAAAAG